AUGCCUAUGACAGCCGAAACGGAAUGUGAAUUUAUAACGAAAGAAUGGCUUUUAUCAGAGCUACGAAGUAACUCUGAUAAAAUUGUAAUAUUAGAUUGUCGUAGUUCAAAUGAAUAUGGUGAAUCACAUAUACGUGAUGCUGUGAAUUUUUCAAUACCAAGUAUUAUGUUACGCCGCUUAGCUGCGGGAAAAAUUGAUUUAAUGUCAACAAUUAAGUGUAGGGAAUUAAAGAAGAAAAUAUCAAGUGCAUAUAAAGAAAAUUUGUUUGUUUUAUAUAAUGAUAAUGUAAAUGAUUCAAAUCAAGGCGGCGAUUCAAUUUUAAAUGUACUUCUUCGAAGGCUCUCACAAGAUGGUUGUCGCGUGGUAUGCUUAGAUGGUGGUUUUACUGAUUUCCGAAAUUCAUAUCCAGAAUGGUGUGGUAGUUGCCCGUUGGGUCCCGAUACCUUGGAUACUGGUCCUGGUAUACCGGUCACAGAAACAUUACCAUUAAUGGGUUUACGUUCGUUACGGAUAUCCGCUGGUGGUAUAACUCAUCCUCAUCAUCGUGCACCACAUUUAAGCUGUGAUAGUCUUUCAUCAGCUGCAAAUAGUUCAACCGAUAGUUCUGAUACGGAUGAACGUUGUGAUAGUUCUUUAGGUCUUGAAGAAGAUAGAGAUUUCCCAGUGGAAAUCGUACCACAUUUGUACCUUGGAAAUGCUGCUAAUAGUGAAGACAGCCAAGCAUUAGCAAGGCAUAGUAUACAGUAUGUAUUAAAUGUAACACCAGACUUACCAAAUGUUUUUGAAGAUAUGGGCAAUAUUAAAUAUAUGCAAAUACCAAUUGCUGAUCAUUGGUCACAAAAUCUUGCCAGCCAUUUUCCUAGUGCCAUAGAAUUUAUUGAGGAGGCUCGAUCCCACAACAAAGGUAUUCUAGUUCACUGCCUGGCGGGAGUGUCUCGCUCAGUAACAAUAACCGUUGCUUAUCUCAUGUACAAAUGUUCAUUAAAUUUAAAUGAUGCAUUUAAUUUGGUACGUUCACGUAAAUCAAAUAUUGCACCAAAUUUCCAUUUUAUGGAACAAUUACAUAAUUUUGAACGUGAAUUAAAAUUAGAUGUACAUUCAGAGAAUCCAAAUAAAGUACUUGAACAAUUUCGUCGUGAAGCAAAAAGUACAAGCAACAAUACAUCAACAAAUAAUCGAAACAAUAGCAACAAGACUGAUAAACGAUGGAAUUGUCCCGCAUGUGGUAAAGGGAAAGAAUGUAAAUGUUCUGGAAACAAUACACAACAAACAGAAUUCUUAAGUCCGUUGGGUCAAAUUGGUGUAUCACCUGAUUCCGGUAUUGAAUUCGAUCGAUGGGGUACAGCACACAAGAAAUAAUCCGAGAAACAAACUGAUGAAAAAACAAAACACACUCGUACGUUAUCCAGAUGAUAUGUUUACAAAUUUUGCUGGGAUCUACCUCAACGUUUUUAUUUUACGUUGCUUCUUAUCUUUCUCUAUUUUGUAAAAAAAAAAGAACGUUUAUUGUUUAUAUGAAAAAAGGUGAAAACUUACUUAUUUUUUUUGUUUUGUUUUAGAGAAUUUUAACUAUCCAAUUGUAUAUGGUAUGCCUGUUUCCAUUCGGGGGUGGAUUAUCCAUCGGAAAAACUAGACAUGCGUAGAACUAGAAAUAUGAGUUUAAAGGGGCGCGUAUAAUUUAUAAUAUUUGGCCGCUAGAUAGGCGCCGAUGAAUUGCUUGCCUAGGGCGCUCUCAUCUUUUAAUCCGCCUCUGCGUUUAUUCCAUCUCGUUUAAAAAAAUUCGGUUCCUCAGACAAUUUAAAACUGACGUUAAGAUUUUUCAGCAUUUAAGGUGAAAAGGGCGCAAAAGAAAACAAUGUAGCAAUAAAAAUCCCGUGCAGAAGGUCGUGCGGAUCGCACCGGAACCAAAAACCUCCUUUUCUAUAUUUUUUACAAGAAAAAAAUUUAUAUUUAAAAAGAAAUUUGUUAUUUCAAAAAAUUUAUCGAAUUAGUUAUCAAAAUUCGAUAGAUUUAUCCAAUCAAUAUUCAAUAAAAGUCACAAUUAACGUCCGAAAACUUGUCACCCCCGAUCCACAUUCUUAUGGGCUA